AUGUCUACAGCUAUGGAGGGAUUGCUGGGCUUCUUUGGGGCGUCUGACAGCACAGCACUCGGAUCCCAGCAUGCCUCGCAGGGUGCGGAGGCGAAAUUGGUGCAUCACAGGGGGGAGCAUCAGGCUGCGGGUGUGCCCUCAGGAGAGCCACAACACAGCCCCCGAGACAGGUGGGUGCACAAGACGCCGCACCUGCCACCUGCAGCUCUAAGGGAGGCGCUGUUUAAUGCGGCACACCACGAUGGACCCGCCAGCCUGGCCGAAUCCACCGGCAUGGUCAUUGCCACAACUGGCAACCGCUUCAUCUUCGCAAAGCUGCUGCAGAAGUUCCUGGCGGGCCUGAAGCACAGUCUCUCGGGGGACCUAACCAACCAUGCCCUGGUGAUGGGCUUGGGGAAAGGGGCAAAGUCCAUCUGCGAAGGGCUAAAUGGGCGCUACAGCCACCACUGUGUACAGAGCACAAACUGGCCCGGCCACGACACUGAGUAUGAAACGGGCGAUGCUUGGCACGUGGCAGCAGAGCUGCACAAGCUGGAGCUUAUUCUCAAUAUCCUAACUCUUGGCUACAGCGUCCUCUAUGUCGACGUGGACCAUGUAUUUUACAGAAAUCCCAUGCACCACCUGCUCUCACUCCAGGCAGACAUCGGACUCCCGGACAACCACUGUGAGCUGACAAAUGACAACACCACAGCCACAAAGGACUCAAAGUUCGACCAAGACUCCUCCCUCAUAUUUGCGCACUCGGGUCCGCGCGCCGUCAGGUUCAUCUAUGACUGGAUAGCGCAGCAUAAGCAUGACGUGCACCGCCAGGACGGCCUGAUCAGGCACGACCAGGUGCUGUUCAAUGAAGUGCUGGCGCCACACUUUCUGCGCGAUGCCGGCGGCGGAGGGGACGCCUUUGUGCGGAUACGCAAACUGUCCCAAGACAGGUUUCCCAGCUGGUGCUCCGGGCCCUGCGGCUGCGCCGGUCGAUCCAAGGUGGCGCCAGUCAGCUUCGCCAAGGAGGAGGAUCCUUUGGAGGGGAUUCGCGGCGGUGUCUUGGAGUGUCCAGAAAGCACGGUGGACCAGUGGUUGACAUUCCACUACUCAUGCGCAAAGUCAGGGCCGGAGAAAGAGGUCCUCAUGGACAUAUCGCUGGCUCUGUUGGAGGAAGUGGCGCCCAUUGACAUGUCUAUAAUCAAUGGGGUGUGA